ACGCAACACGCACUACGCAAAAACAAGGAAAUAGAACAUACACCGGUUUCUUUAUCGCGGUUGAGCAAAUCUUCAAAAUAUGGUGUAAAAAAUGCUUAAGAUACACUCAGCAUAUGCGAUUUCGUCAAAAACCACGAUCGGAAAUAAAAACGACCUCGUCCAUGAAAUAAUAUUGGAAAAAUUAAGAGAUUUCCCGAACUUUCAAACAUCAGCAUGAACUAACGGACAGAAAAGCAACAUUUUUCUGUCAGGGACAAUCCUGUUACAGUAGAGAGCAAGAUGUCUUUGGUGUCCAUUAAGCAAGAAGCCACACCAAUCACAGUGGAAAAUAGCUAUAGUCCAGCAAAUGGAAAUGGAGAGCACUUUGACUCGGAUGUCUCAGAAGCAGAGGAUGUGGACUUUAACUGGGAUGAAUAUUUAGAGGAAACUGGUGCAAAUGCUGCACCUCAUACCUCUUUUAAACAUGUUGAAACCAGUCUACAAAGCAGUUUUCAGCCUGGCAUGAAACUAGAAGUUGCAAACAAAAGCAGUCCUGAUACUUACUGGGUGGCUACUAUAAUUACAACAUGUGGACAAUUAUUACUCUUACGUUACUGUGGAUAUGAGGAUGAUCGCCGAGCUGACUUUUGGUGUGAUGUCAUGACUGCAGAUCUGCAUCCUGUAGGAUGGUGUACACAGAACAACAAGGUCCUGAUGCCUCCGGAAGCAAUACGAGAGAAACACACAAACUGGUCAGAGUUCCUUAUCCAGGAGUUGACUUUCUCAAGAACAGCACCUGCAAACCUGCUAGAAGGACCUCUCAGAGGAAAGAACUCUGUGGACCUUAUCACAGUGAACUCUUUGAUAGAGCUACAAGACUGCCUUAACCCUUUCCAGUACUGGAUUAUCAGAGUGAGAAAGAAUGUUGGAGGACGGUUACGACUUUGUUAUGUUGGAUUAGAAGACACAAAAACAAGGGACUUGUGGCUUUUUUACUUAGACUGUAGGCUUCGCCCAGUAGGAUGGUGUCAUGAGAAUAAAUUCAAGAUGGAGCCACCAGCAGACAUUCAUCCUUUGAAAAAUGAGUCUGAAUGGAAGGCUGCUUUAGAGAAAGCAUUAAUGGAGGCAUUAACAUCUCCUCUCCCCCUGGAAGCUUUCAAGGAUCAUCCUGAUCUGCGAGACCACUCCUUCACAGUUGGCAUGAAACUAGAGGCAGUCGAUCCAAGGGAACCUUUUAAUAUCUGCCCUGCAACUGUAACUAAGGUGUACAACAGCUAUUGCUUUCAAGUAUCUAUUGAUGACCUGAGGCCAGAUGCCAAUGAGAACGCAAUACUGUGUCAUGCUGAUUCUUUGGGGAUUUUGCCUGUAGAGUGGUGCCUUAAGAAUGGGGUCAACCUUACUCCUCCUAAGGGAUAUCCAAGUCCAGAUUUUGACUGGGCAGAUUAUCUUAAGCAGUGUGGGGCAGAGGCAGCACCUCAAGUGUGCUUUCAAAAUACUUCAUCUAGCCGUGAUUUUACAAAAAACAUGAAGCUUGAAGCUGUGAACUUCACAAAUCCUGCAGAAAUGUGUGUUGCUUCCAUUACCAAAGUUAAAGGAAGACUAAUGUGGCUUCAUCUAGAAGGUCUGAAGAGGCCUUUUCCAGAAUAUAUUGUUGAUGUGUACUCUAUGGACAUUUUUCCAGUCGGAUGGUGUGAGACAAAUGGCUAUCCUUUAACUCCUCCACACAGAGCAGUAGUACAAAAGAAGAGGAAAAUUGCAGUAGUGCAGCCAGAGAAACAGUAAUUCCUUCACGGAACCCCAUACAGCACCCUCCCUAAGGACUGCUGCAUCUUGUCCACUGAUCCGGGAACAGCAAAUGGGAAAUACUGUUGCCCACAAAUCUUUAUCAAUCAUCGAUGCUUCUCAGGUCCUUAUUUAAACAAAGGGAGACUCUCAGAGCUACCACAGUCUGUUGGACCAGGCAAAUGUGUACUGGUCCUUAAAGAGGUUCUUAGCAUGUUAAUUAAUGCAGCAUAUAAACCAGGACGGGUACUGCGGGAAUUACAGCUUGUGGAAGACAAGCAGUGGAACUUUCAGGAAGAAACACUAAAAGCCAAAUACAAGGGGAAGACCUACAGGGCCACAGUCAAGAUUGUGCGCAUGUCAGACCAGGUAGCAGACUUUUGUCAAAAAGUCUGCAGCAAAUUAGAAUGCUGUCCGAACUUAUUCAGCCCUUCACUUGUCACUGAACAGUGUCCAGAGAACUGUUCUGUCCACACAAAGACUAAAUAUACAUAUUAUUAUGGGAGGCGGAAAAAAGUUAUGAACCCAACCAUUGGAAAUAAUGUGGAUAGCAGUCUUACAAAACCUGCCAGGCGUAGAAAGAAGAGGAAGUCAAUUUUUGUACAGAAGAAGAAACGGUCGUCGACGGUUGACUACACUCCUGCAGGAUCAGCCGAGGAAUCUGAAGACGUUGAAGACCAGGAAGCACUAGAUGAUGAAUCAGCAAGUGAAGAAACAAGUUCCGAACAGCGUGAUGACCAAACAGACACCUCUUCUGCUGAGGUUCCUUCAACCAGGCCAAAGCGUGCAGCAGCUUUAAGGAGGAGUAUUGAGUCUGAGAGGCCGCCUCCCACUGAGAGAGUACGGAGGAAGAGGAAAGCCUCACAAAUGUUGCACUCUGGAGAAGAGGAGAAUUACAAUCCAGCCAAACACACUGUAACCAAGGAAAUAAAAAGAGAAGACGAGGGAAAACUGAUACUAGACAGCAAUCCGUUAGAGUGGACAGUGGCUGAUGUUGUUCGGUUUAUUAAAUCUACAGACUGUGCUCCCCUUGCCAAAAUAUUCCAGGAACAGGAUAUUGAUGGUCAGGCACUUCUCCUCCUCACACUACCGACUGUUCAGGAAUGCAUGGAGCUUAAACUUGGUCCUGCAAUUAAGCUAUGUCACCAGAUUGAGAGAGUAAAAGUUGCAUUCUAUGCGCAGUAUGCUAACUGAAUUCAAUUGGCUUGCUGUUAUUGACCCAGAGCAACAUGAAGACCAAACAUAAGAAGAAUUACAGGGAAGAACCAAACACUCAAAUGUAUGUGUUGAGAACAUGCUUUAAAAAGAAAGUACACUUCAGAUUUUCAACAAGCACACUGAAGAAUUUCAGGAAGUUCGUACUAAAGCACCAAUAGCUGCACUUCUUAUGUGGUGCAGCUUUACAUACUGUGAUUGACAGAAUUUCGCAAGACUUGUUUAAUGCCUUUAAUUUUGAGUGAAUUUCUGGAUGGAAGCAUUUCUUACAAUAUGGACAUGUUUAUUUAUGAGACUGAAAAGAAAUGCAUUUUAUACUAGGUUUAGCAUGUGUGCCCUGCAUACGCAGCAUUGUGUCCUAUAACACGUGGCUGUUGUAUAACCGAGGGACAUGAACACUUUUCAGAUUUAAUUCCUAGUUUAAGCAUAAACUGUGAGCACUUGCUUUGUGGGUUGUUGAAAGAGGAUCGUAUAGAAAGGUUACUUUACUGUUUUUUGGAAAAUCAUUUAUAAACAGUACAUUGACAUUUGUAACCACACUGUGGGAUGCUCAUACACUGCUUGCUGCUUUACCCCAGUUGGUGUGGAUUGCUACUGUAGCUAACAUGUUAGCUUUUUUUAUUUUUUUAUUUUUUUUUUUUUGCACAGAAAGAAUAUUUUUUCAAGGGGAACAGCAGCUGCAUCGUUGCACUGACGUAUAUGGACUGAUGGGCCUCUUGCACCAAAAAUAGCUACAUCUGUUUUUCUGCAAAUGUUGAUCUCUGAUACUGGAAAUGUAGCAGCUUUAGAGAUUUGCUCAUCCUGGUUGAUCUGCAUGUGUUUUUCAUACUGUAGUAUAACUACAGAAUCUGCUUAACUGGUAGCUGAUUCAGUCACCCUUCCCUCUUUUUUCGCUCCCAUGUCCUGCUCAAGAAUUACCAGUACACCUCUGAACUCUUCCUUUUCAGCUGGAGAAAUCAAAAAGGAGUCUGAUAUUUUUAUAUGUGUGUGUUAGUUUUCAUAUCUUCUGAAUGUAGUGUUUCCACAGAUGAAACAUUAAAACAGGGUCAUAUUUGACUCGAUUUGUGGUAGCUUAAGAGGAUGUAAUAGAUGCCAUGGCACCUCCGUGGUGUCCUGGCCAAAUUGCCAUUGGUCAAUAUUAAUACCACCUCAGGACUAUCCUGAAAAUAGGCUGUGGGUAGUGUGACUAACCCAGUCAACAGAAGUAAAUGAACAAGUAAACUU